AUGUCCUGGAUGUUCCUGCAUCAGCUCGACCUGACCACGGCUCUGCGCCCGUCGCUCUUGCCAGAGGAGACGUUAUUGUUCGUGCAAGAUGCCGUGGGUCUGUAUGAGGGCAAAUUCAAGAUCCCACAGUACCAGAACGGACAAGCUUACUUGACAUCACAUCGAGUCUGCUACGUCGAUCACGCUGAGCCGCGCAAGAACUCGGUCGCUAUCUUCCUUAAAGAUGUAGAGAAGCCGGACCUUUAUGCUGGCUUUCUUAAGUCAUCGCCCAAAAUCACCCUCUUCCCCAAACCCGCAAACCAAUUGUCACGCGGUCUGAAUGCGCCCGUUGCACCUAACCCCUCAUCUGGCUCUCCAGAACGUCGAAACAGUCCUGCGCCAGCUCCGUCGAUUACUGCAUCGUGGGUGUGCCCAAUUUGCUCCUUCUCGAAUCCAGUCCCGUCAAACUUCGAUCCUGCACUCGCGUCACGCACACCGAUACCGCCAUGUCUAGCUUGUGGCAUUAAGCCGCCUAUUAUGCAUGUAGUCAAGGCAGCAAUAGCGGCUAUCUCGAACAGACCAGGUCCAGCCGCCCCACGAAAAGACAGCAAGAAUGGUGCCACCGCCUCGGUGCCAUCUCCUGAAGGAAUAGUGUGCCCGAGGUGUACAUACCAGAACCACCCCUCGCUGUUCAAUUGUGAGCUUUGCGGUGCGUCUUUGACGACUGCAGUUGAUAAGCGACUAGAGCACGUUUCAGAGAUUCGAAGAGCAGAUUCUCCGGGCCCGUCUUUGUCCACGCCUAUUCAGACGACGACAAUCGAAUGCAUCAAGCUUUCAUUUCGCAGCGGCGGCGAGAAAAUCUUUUAUGAACGUCUUAAGAAUGCCUUAGUGCAGCGCAAGUGGUUGCUGCAAAGUGCACCACCUAUACCGAAGCCACGACCAAAUUCUGGUGCAUUUGACGAUGGCUACUCAUCGAAGGCUGGGAAAUCCUCUGCUGAGAUCGAGCGACCGCGAGUGGUAGGUAUUGCUGGCCUCGAGCGCCGUGGGUUGGAGCAAAGACAAAAUAAUGAAGCUAUGAUCGGUAAUGCAUUUGAGGAUCUUGAGGCACUGAUGACCUCUGCGAAAGAGAUCAUUGCUCUUGCCGAGCAGUUUGCGCAACAGGCGAACCUGGGCACAAAUGGCAGCUCUGAAGACACUGCUCUAGCAUCGCAAUCGGUGUCUGCGCUAGGCCUCAUUACCACAAAGGACAUGUUGGGCUCAGGCUCAGAGUCACUUUACGUAUCUGAGCUGUCACGAAACCUCGCAGAGUGGCUCACCGAUGACACAAGAGGCGUUCUGCGGAGGGGAGGUGGUAUCAUGACACUUGUCGACCUUUGGGCGAUGUUCAACCGGGCAAGGGGUGGCGUGGAGCUCGUCAGCCCUGCUGACUUUGAGAAAGCAGCGAGGAUGUGGGACACACUUAAGCUUCCCAUCCGGUUGCGACAAUUCAAGAGUGGCCUACUUGUGGUUCAAGGCCGUGAUCGAACGGACGAGAAGACUAUUGCUAGUCUACUCGCAUGGCUGAAGAGCCUGCACAGCCAGAUGCCAAGCUCAGACGUAUUAUGGGAUUGGCAACUAUAUGGCAGAGGCGUCACUGUGCAAGAGACUGCCGAGAAGUUUGGAUGGAGUGUUGGAGUAGCGAUCGAAGAACUCGAGAUGGCUGAGGAAGCCGGGGCCCUGUGUCGUGAGCAAAGCCUCGACGGCUUCAGAUUUUGGGAGAAUUGGCUUGUCAAGAUGCCCGAAUUUUCUGUCACUGUCUAG